AAGUUGGCAACCAACUUUUUUGACCUACAACCCCACCACAAAACUAGAAAAUUAGCAAACAAGAAGCACAUAUUAGAAAAACAAGCACCAUCAAAAGCAGUAGCUUAACUUGUUAUCAUAUAACCAACAACCUACACCAAACAAAACCCAUUAUCCCUUUAGCUAGAACCAUAGUUAGUUACUCUAGAUCUUUAUAACAUCCAUGGGAGAAAAAGAAGACAAGAAGAAGAAAAAGAAGCAAAAGCACCAACACCCAAAUGACCAAACCACAAAACAGCCUUCAUCAGACUACUCAUUCAAGCCCAUCUCUGAUGUAAAAGGCCUCCGUUUCGGCGGCCAGUUCAUCGUGAAAUCAUUCACCAUCCGCCGCGCACGCCCCCUAGAGCUCCUCAACCUCCUCUCCCUCGAAAAAUUCGAUACGAAAGCCGCCACUUUUCCAUCCACAACAGCCUUUCUGCCAACAAACUUCACGAUCCUAGCGCACCAUGCAUGGCACACCCUAACCCUAGGGCUCGGGACAAAGAAGUCCAAGGUGGUAUUAUUCGUAUUCGAAUCUGAAAAAAUGAAGGCGGCCAUGGAGCGGAUGUGGCCGCCCGAAAUACCCCUCGGAGAAGUGAACAAGAAGCUGAUUCGGGGAUCGAGUGGAUGCGAAAUGGCGAGAUUUAAGUUCAGAAAAGGGUGCAUUACGUUUUAUGUGUACGCUGUACGGAGAAUCGGGACUCUGGGAUUUUCAUGUGCGGAUGAUCUUAGGUUAAUUCUAGAAUACGUGGUUGCUUUAAAUGAUUUCUUGGAUCACACGGCUAUGCUUGCUAUGCCUAAUCAGAGAAGUUUAAAUUAUGCGGCUACUACGGCUCAGGUGGCCAUGGCUCAUUGAUUUGUAAUUAGCCGAUUAAGUAUACUUGUUUUUAGUUCUUUUUCAUUUCUUGGUAUAAAUUUGUGCCUUUGUGGUUGUUGAUUGUAUUGUUGUACAUCUUGUUUUGGUGCUUUUUUUUUUUUUUUUUUACCUUGUUUCCUGGGAAUCUUGUUCUUUCCUAUACUUUUUAGGUUAUUUUAUUACUAUGUAGCUCUUA